UCACCAUUUUCUUCCAACCCUUUUUGACAUAUCCCAACAAACUCACUCCCCAGUCAUCCGCCACCAUGCUCCGCCAGGCCGCCGCCCGCGUUCUGCAUCGAUCCGCCGUGCCCCCCAGGGUUCGGCCCUUCUCCACGGACCUCCCGGCGGCCCCCGCAGCCGACGAGACGUUCGUGGAGGCUUGGAAGAAAGUGGUCCCCCACAUCGACCCCCCGAAGACCCCUCUCGCCUUCAUGAGCCCCCGGCCCUCCACGCCUUCUUCCAUCCCGUCUAAGCUCACUGUCAACUUCGUCCUUCCCUAUGCCUCCGAGCUUUCUACCAAAGAGGUUGAUAUGAUCAUAAUUCCAGCCACAACUGGGCAGAUGGGUGUUCUUCCUGGACAUGUAGCAACAAUUGCUGAGCUGAAACCGGGGCUCAUGUCAGUGCACGAAGGGAAUGAAGUAAACAAGUACUUUGUUAGCAGCGGAUUUGCGUUUAUCCAUGCAAAUUCUUAUGCAGACAUAAUUUCCGUUGAAGCCGUUCCGGUUGAUCAAAUCGAUGCAAGCCUAGUCCAGAAAGGUCUCGCAGAAUUCACCCAUAAACUGAGCUCAGCCACAACAGAUUUGGACAAAGCUGAAGCCCAAAUUGGAGUGGACGUGCACAGCGCUCUCAACUCUGCUCUCUCGGGCUAACGGUACCCAGUCUCUUUGCCCCCUUGAUCCAAUAAUUAAUCACACUGGAUAUAACCCCCAUUUGCGCUUCAAAAUUCAUUUCAUGACACAAAUUGCUUUGGGUUAUUUCCUUGCUAUAUUUUUUUAUGCGGAGAAUGCUCGGAAGGAUAGUUAAAAGUAAAUUCUUUAGAAAUAAAAGCACCCUACUUCUGAGGGCGCACUCUCUUUGUGGAAAAUUGGAACUUGCUGUGAUUGCCUGUUGAAUAUGAAAUAAUAAAAAUAACUGAAGUUCUAAUA